CUCCACGCAGCCGAGCCACGAGUGUAGAGGAGGGCGUGGUUGGGCAAGGCGGAAGACUUUGCGUAUUUCCUUCUUCACUAUGGACUUUCACUCGUCGGACGAUGAGUUUGCGGCGGUGCCUGCCGGUGCCUACGGUGGAGGGUGGGACACGGCUGGCGCCAAUGCCACUGCCACAGUGGUGAAGGACGGCUCGCUGGGCAUUCUCACGCCCGUGACUCAGUCGCGGCAGGCCCGGCUGGAACUGCUGCGGCAGCGCGAAGCGACGCGGCGGGCGCAGAUGACUGGCGCUGGCGUUGCGCUUGUUAAUCCCUCAUCAUCGGUGGCGGCGACCAUGCUGUCGGGCCCGGCUGGGCCAGAAAACGCCGUCGACAAGUCGCGAUGGGCGUCGGGCCUCUCUAUGUCCACGCCCAAAGCAUCGUUUGGCGGCAAAUCGGCUCGCGCCUCGAACUUUUUCACCGCUGGCGGCAGUCAGGGCUACUCGGGCGGCGCCGGUGGAGGCGGUGCAGGCGGCGACGAGUACGGCGGCGAUGCCGGCGGCCGCGGGAGAUCGGCGCAGCAGACCUCGAUCUUCCAGACCGGGUUCGACGAGGCUGGCGCGUCGGCCGGGGGCGGAUACGGCGGCGGCAGUGGUAGCUCGCAGGUGCCUGUGGCGCACACUGGAGUCCACGCCCUCGCUUCGGCCGGCCAGCACGGCUACAGCCAGCGCGGCCAGCACAGCGACGCAGAGUACGAUGGAGACGGGCGGCCGCUGACGUCAACCGAGCAGAUGAUGAUGAACGCCGGGCUCGACGACACGUACGAGCCUGACGAGGUCGACGAGCAUUCGGGCCUGGAUCUCUCGGACACACGGGCGUUUGUCCACCGGCCUGCGCCCAAGCACCAGGUGGUGCAGUGCUACAUCCAGCGGAACAAGAGCGGGAAGAAGCGCAUGUUUCCGACGUACGUACUGUACGAGCAGAGCACCGACACGUUCCUGCUUGCGGCGCGCAAGCGCAAAAAGUCGCGCUCCUCCAACUACCUCGUCUCGCUCGACCCAGAAGACCUCUCGCGCGACUCGGUCAACUACGUCGCCAAGCUCCGCUCCAACUUUAUCGGCACCGCGUUCACCUUUUACGACCACGGCGAGGCGCCCGACAAGGCCUCGGCCGGCGAAGACAUCCGCUGCGAACUCGCCGCCGUCCUCUACGAGUCCAACAUUCUUGGCUUCAAGGGCCCGCGCAAGAUGACUGUCCUCAUUCCAGCCAUGCGCAUGGAUGGCAAGGCGCACGUCUGGCGCCCCGACUCACAGGGCCUCGGCCUCAUCUCCAAGCACAAGGCCAACGAGCGCGACGAGAUGCUCUGUCUCACCAACAAGUCCCCGGUGUGGAACGAAGAAUCGCAGUCAUACGUCCUCAACUUUAACCGCCGUGUCUCGCACGCUUCCGUCAAGAACUUCCAGAUUGUCCACCCGGAGGAUCCGUCGUACAUCAUCAUGCAGUUUGGCCGCAUCGGCGACCACGAGUUCACCAUGGACUAUCGCUAUCCGAUGACUGCGCUGCAGGCCUUUGGUAUCGCUCUCUCCUCGUUCGACAACAAGCUGGCAUGUGAGUAAACGCCCACUGUAGACUGCA